UUCUGUGGUUUGGGAAUUUAAGCAUUAAAUUCUUUGUUGCAACAUAUUGAGUGUGUUGCAGCAUGGAACUUUUGAAGUUAAUGAUGUUCAAAAGUGACUUUUUGUCAAGUGAUAAAUGUGAUGAUCGUGUACCGCCUAUAAAUUUAAGUCAAUUGCCGGAAUUUUUAUUGUCAACCAUACCAAAAUGUGGAGGCUGUCAUGAACUGAUAUUGGAUCGAUUUAUUUUGAAGGUGCUGGAGCGAACGUGGCAUGCGAAAUGUUUACAGUGUAGCGAGUGUCAUGCCCAGUUAAAUGAUAAAUGUUUUGCCCGUAAUGGUCAACUAUUUUGUAAAGAAGAUUUUUUUAAGCGUUACGGAACUAAAUGUUCCGCUUGUGAUAUGGGUAUACCGCCAACUCAAGUAGUGAGACGGGCUCAAGAUAAUGUCUAUCACCUGCAAUGUUUCCUAUGCGCCAUCUGUUCGCGUACAUUAAAUACCGGCGAUGAAUUCUACCUCAUGGAAGAUAGAAAACUUGUGUGUAAGCGCGACUAUGAUGAGGCUAAAGCGAAAGGUUUAUAUUUGGAUGGUUCCUUAGAUGGUGACCAGCCGAAUAAACGACCGCGCACCACAAUCACUGCUAAACAAUUGGAAACAUUGAAAACCGCCUACAAUAAUAGUCCGAAACCUGCGCGCCAUGUUCGUGAACAAUUGUCACAGGAUACGGGUCUAGAUAUGAGAGUAGUACAAGUCUGGUUUCAAAAUAGGAGAGCGAAAGAGAAACGCCUGAAAAAGGAUGCGGGUCGAACACGUUGGAGCCAAUAUUUCCGAUCGAUGAAAGGCAAUUGCUCGCCACGUACUGAAAAAUUCCUAGACAAAGAUGAUCUUAAAGUCGAUUAUGAUAGUUUUAGUCAUCAUGACCUUAGUAAUGACAGCUAUAGCACAGUCAAUUUGGGUUUAGAUGAAGUUGCCUCGCCACAUAGUCUAAGAGGAUCAUAUCUGCACGGUAGUUCAAGUCCUUCACAAUAUCCAUCUAGUCGCUCGCCACCGCCAGUGGGACAAAAUCAUUCAUUUGGUUCAUAUCCCGACAAUAUAGUCUAUACCAAUAUAGAUCACAAUUCCACAUCGAAUAUGCAUGGUUCCAAAUCACAGCGCCUACAUGGCGGCAGUGCCGUUUCCGAUUUAAGUAAUGAUUCUAGUCCCGAACAAGGCUUUCCCGAUUUUCCACCCAGUCCCGACUCCUGGCUGGGCGAUGCGGGGAAUACCUCAAAUCCGAAUUCCUCAACACCUGCUGUACAUUACUGAUACUCAAAUAUACUCUUUAGAUAUUUUCAAAUGCAAUCGCGCAACUUUUUUCUGGCUACCCAGGGUUUUCCCCAGCAUAAUCCAUCAUCGGCAAC